AUGCGCUUCUUUGCUCAGUUGUCAGUGUUAUUGUCGUUCGUGCUAUCAUGGUACUCGGUGUCAGCCAGUAGUGCUCACCAAGUCAACCGACGCCAUGGAAAGCGUCUGGAUUUAGACCUCGCCGUUCGGGCGCCAGGAGAUGUUGAUAUGUACAAACGCGAUUACGCCAAUUCCCGUUUCACAUACUAUGCGGUCGGUCUAGGUGCUUGUGGUACGACAAACCAACCUGGUGACUUUAUUGUUGCACUGAAUUCAGCGCAAUUCGGCAGUGGUUCAUAUUGCUACCAAAUGAUCACGAUCACUGUCAACGGGUUGACAGCGCAGGCUCAGAUUACUGACGAGUGUCCUGGAUGCCCCUAUGCCGGCCUUGAUUUUUCGCAAGGCCUUUUCCAGUUUUUCGCUCCACUUGGUGACGGGGUGAUUUAUGGUACAUGGUCCUUCGGUAGUUCCCCUGCUCCGGCACCGUCACCCACAUCCACCUCGCAACCGCCCCCACCGCCAACCACUACUUCGCAGCCACCGCCACCGCCAACUACAACCUGGACCCCGCCUCCCCCACCUUCGACAACCUCGAGUCCCAGCCCUACACCAUCCCCAUCUUCGACAAGCUCAAGUUCAUUCAGCUCCAGCUCCAGCUCCUCAACCUCAAGCACUUUUAGUUCUUCGCUGUCUUCAGCGUCGAGCACAACAAGUGCUGAUUCUGUAGUGCAGACCGCUGGGUCUGUUCCUGCAUCUGUCGGAAGCUCUUCCGUUCUCAUGAACCUCAACUUGGCAAUGGUGUACCUUGGCGAAUUUCUUGGUGUCGCUCAGACGUAA